CUCCCUUCCGUCCAGUCAUUGUCCCAAUCUGGUUUCCUUUUCCCUUUCAUCCUAAAAGCUUUGAGAGCCCCUGGAUUCUCCUCGUUCUCCGUGUCUCUCCAUCUUCGGUGGGUCAGACAAGCAGGAUGGAGGGCUGCCUGGGGGAGGAAUCUUUUCAGAUGUGGGAGCUCAACCGACGCCUGGAGGCCUAUCUGGCCCGGGUCAAAGCGCUAGAGGAGCGUUACGAGCUGCUCAGCACGGAGCUUGAUGGUCUCCGGGCACAGUCUGGGGAUACCUCCUGGAGGGUCCGUGCCGACGACGAGCUGGCAGCUCUGAGGGCCCUAGUCGACCAGCGCUGGCGGGAGAAGCAUGCAGCGGAGGUGGCGCGCGAUAGCCUGGAGGAAGAGGUGGAAAGCGUGGCGGGCCGGUGCCAGCAGCAGCGGCUGGCCCGCGAGCGGAUGGAGGAUGAGGUGGCCCGUAGCCGGCGUGCGGUCGAGGCGGAGAAGUGCGCCCAGGCUUGGCUGAGCACUCGGGUGGCGGAGCUGGAGCGCGAGCUAGAAGCCCUGCGCGCGGCGCACGAGGAGGAGCGCGCAGGCCUGAUCCUGCCGGCAGCUGGGCCCCCAGGCCGCCCCAACCCAACCCGCGGGCCCCCGGGGCCGGGCCCUGAGGUUGAGGAGCUCGCACGUCGGCUGGGCGAGGCGUGGCGCGGGGCAGUGAGCGGCUACCAGGAGCGUGUGGCGCGCAUGGAAACGGCGCUGGGCCAGGCCCGCCAGCGGUUGGGUAGUGUGGUGCAGGCCGCCCGUAAGGGGCGCUUGGAACUGCAGCAGCUCCACACUGAGCGCAGCGGCCUCCAAGAUCGCAGGGCAGCCCUGGUGCAGAGGUUGGAGGGCUGCUGGCAGGAACGACUGAGGGCCACUGAGAAAUUCCAGCUGGCUGUGGAGGCCCUGGAGCAAGAGAAACAGGACCUACAGACUCAGAUUGCCCAGGUUCUGGAAGGUCAGCAGCAGCUGUCUCGACUCAAGAUGUCCCUCAGCCUGGAAGUAGCCACAUACAGGACCCUCCUAGAGGCUGAGAACUCCCGGCUGCAGGUACCUGGCUGUGGUUCUAAGUCUUCCUUCAGCAUCCAGGACCCCAAGCUGGAGCUGCAUUUUCCUGGGACUCCAGAGGGCCGGUGUCUAGGACCUUUGCUCUCUGUCCUGAAUCCUACUCCCCUUUCCUCACCCUUACCUAAUACCCUUGAGACACCUGUUCCAGCCUUACUGAAGAGCCAGGAAUUCCUCCAAGCCCAUACCCUCACCUUAGCCAGUACCCCCAUUCCGCCCACACCUCAGGCUCCCUGCUCUGCUACAGAUGGAGAGAUCAGAGCCCAGGAUGUCCCUCUCUCUGUGCUCCAGCCACAGGUUGGUAGGCAACAAGUUCCACAGGUUAUACAGCCUAAAGCUAAUAUAGCUAUCACUGCCAGCAUCCUUCCAGGACCAGAGGAAUCUGGGGAAAAGCAGCAAGAGACCAGUGCAGGCCAGUCUCCCAAGGAUCAUGCCUCCUUGGCUCCACCCCUUGCCCCUGACCACCCCAGGUUAGAGGCCAAAGAUGGAGAACCCAGUGAGACUAGAGUAUCCAGCAGAUUCCAGGAGGAAGGUGAAGGGCAAAUGUGGGAGCUGGAAGAGAAAGAAAUAGCCAGAGAAGUGAAAGUGUUAAGCAGCUUGCAGCAGCAAACACAGCAAGAAGAAGGGGAUCUGGACAUGAGGGAAAUCCAGGACUCCCAGGGUCCUUUGGAAAAACAAACUCUGAAGUCUCUGGAAGAGGAGAUUCAAGAGCCACUAAUGUUUCUGGAAAAACACAGCCAUGAGACACUGGGAUCUCUAAAGAAGGAGAAUCAAGAGCUAUUGAAGUCUUUAGAAGAAAAGGACACAGAGGUAGUGAGAACUCUAGAAAAAGAGACUGUAGAACUACUUAAGCCUACAGGAAAAGAGGAUCCACAGCCACUGCAGUCUUUAGAAAAGGAGAAUCAAGAACUAAUGAGAUCUUCUGAAGGUAAUCUGGAGACAUUUUUAUAUUCAGGGGAGGAAAAUCAAGAACUAGUGAGGUCUCUAGAAAGGGAGAACCUUGAGUCCUUGAGAGCUCUAGAAAAACAGAUUCAAGAGCCAUUGAGGUCUCUGGAAGAAGAGGACCCUAAAACACUGAGACCUCCUGAAAAAGAAAAUCUUGCCUCUCUGAAGUCUCUAGAAGAAGAAAAUCAAGAGACCUGGAAACCUCUAGAAAAAGAGAAUCAGGAACAAAGGAAGUCUCCAGAACAAGAGGACCAAGAGACAAUGAGGCCUCUAGAAAAAGAGACUCAACAGCUACUGAAGUCUCUAGGAGAAGAAGACCAAAUGACAUUGAGACCUCUGGAAACGGUGAAACUAGAGCCACUGAAGUCUCUUGGAAAAGACCAGGGGAUAUUUAGACCUCUUGAAGAAGAGAAUCAAGAAUUACUAAUAUCCCUAAAAAGAGAGAGUGUAGAAGCAGUAAGAUGUUUAGAAACAGAGAAUCUAGAACCACUAAAGUCUGCAGGAGAAGACCUGGGAAUAUUAAAGUCUACAGAAACUCAAGAGCCAUUGUGGUCUCUGGAAGAAAAGAAUCGAGAAACAAUAAAACCCCUAGAAAAGGAAAUUCAAGAACCACUGGGGUCUGUGGAAGAAAAUCAAGAGUCAUCAAAGCCCCUAGAAAAGGAGAGUCAAGAAUCACUGAGGUCUCUGGGAAAUCUGAGAACUUCAGAAGAGGUAGACAAGGAAAGUCAAAGGUUCCUGCAAGAGGAAGAGAGCCUGGAGAAGGGAGAGAGGCAAGAGUCACUGAGGUCUCUGGAAGAGGAGGGACAGGAGCUGCUACUGUCUACAGAUCAGCAGAGGUGGGAAAAUAUGGUGGUGGGAGACCAAAAACUAGAUCAGGAAAUGCCUUCUGGAAGGGCUGGAGUGGACAAUGAGGAUGAGGCAGAGCUGGCCCUGAGGGAAUGGGAUGGCUUCUCUGGAAAGGAGGAAUCAGCAGAGGAGGGAGAACUGCAGGUCCCAAGCCCUGCGACAGGGGGGGCCUGGAACACAGGUAAGGGGCACUCAGGGAGCCCUGAGCCCCAAGAGCAGAGGGUUUUAGUUGAGGGUGCCAGUGGGGAAGGAGGUGCUGAGGGCCUUCUGGACCCUGAAGGGCAACUAGAGCACAGGGGGGCCCCAGGCCUCCAAGCUCCCUGGGGAAUGUCAGAGGUGAUAGAGCCAGUGUUGGAAAGUGAGGAUAAUGUCCCAGGGGGUGGCCAAGCCCCCCCAGAGGUCACCUUGAGGUUGGAGACAGCUAGGGGUGAGUUCACCUCUGGAUCUGAGCACGGACUGGAGCAGGAGGUAGUAGAGUUGGAGGACUCAGGCCACUUGGCCAGAGAGGAAGUGAUGGAGCCGCUCCUGGGGGAAGAAGGUUUAGAGGUAAAGAGGGAGCAGGACUUUGAAGGGUCUGGAAAGGACCUACAGGGGGCAGCUGCUCUGGAGCCAGAGCUUCCCAUACUGCUCAGGAAGAGCAGAGACCCUCUGGAGUCUCAUGGGGCAGGAAAGGAAUUGGAGCCUGAGGCCCCCUGGGGAGCAAAGGAGGUGUUCCCUGCUGAGACCUUGCCCUGUGAUGAAAGUGACACCCCUCAGUCCAGGCCCCUGUGGUCAGAGGAAGCUGACAAAGAUGUGGAACCAGUGCUGGGGCCCUCCAGCUCAAGGCCCACUGAGUCCUGUUUACUCACCCCAAUCCCUGAAGAUGCCCCUGGGCCCUCGCCCCUAGCUGAGGGGAGCCAGGAGGCUAGCUGGAGGCUAGAGGGCAGCACCCUGGAAAAAGUGGAGGGUGAGAAGGAGGAGUUAAGGCCUGGGGGGCUCCCUGAGGGCCUCCAGGAUGAUGGGGAGGAGAGCAGAGAUGAGAGUGAGGCUGAUGAGCUUGGGGAGACCCUUCCCGACUCCACUCCUCUGGCCGUCUACCUCAGGUCCCCUGCCUCACCCAAGUGGGACCUAGGUGAAGAGCAGAGGCCCUGUCCUCAAGGGGAGACCAGAAAAGAAGGCUGGGAUUCUGCUGUUCUGACCUCUGAGGGCCAUGGUGCUCACCCAGAGGAGGAAGAAGAGGAGGAAGGGGGAGAAGAGGAUGAGGAAUGUGGCCAGGACUCUGACCUGUCAGAAUUUGAGGACGUGGGAACUGAGGGUUCUAUCCCUCCUGGGGUGGCCAGGGAACUGAUGGAACCUCUGGGGCAGGCGUCCCAGCUGCUACUUGAGCCUGCGGCCUGGGGUCAGGAUGGGGAGUCUGAUGGGUUUGCAGAUGAGGAAGAGAGUGGGGAGGAGGGAGAAGAAGAAGAGGAGGGGAAAGGGCCAGGGGUGGGACAGUGGGGGCCAGGGCCCUCUGUUGGCAGCGUCCCUGCCCUGAGUGGCCCUCGGAGUGGGAACCUCCUGGGAUCAGGGGCUGCGAAUGUCAGCAUCCCCCGGGAUGAUGGCUUGAGGGGAGCAGCGGCUAAUCUCCCCGUGACUGUCCUAGAGACUGAGUCCCAGGACAGCACCGAGCCCUCUGACUCAGAGGAAGAGUCUGCUGCUCCUUUGGAGAUGGAAGACCAAGUUUCUGGCCCUCCAGGGACCCUCAGUGGGACAGAGUACACCCCUGGUGUCAAUGGUCAGGGCCCCAGCUUGAAGAAGGAGCUGGAGCAUGUGAAUGGGGGGUUGGUGAAGCAGUCAGAGCAGUCUGACAGGGUGGGGCAAGGGAAACCAGAGGCCCCUGAGGAGGACCGAGGGAGCCCUUUGGAGGAGGAGGGGGGUGCCCUGAAGACCACUUGGGCUGGGGCUCCUCUUCACCUGGGCCCUGGCCAGCUCCUGAAGUUCAGUCAGAGGGAAGGAGAUGGAGAUUCUUGGUCCUCAGGGGAGGAUUAGAGACAGCAUUCCUCCUGCACUUCAGACGUGGGGACAUGUCCCCAAGCCCCCACCUUGCUCAGGACCAGCUCUUUAACGUAAGUGGUUUCUGCCCCAGAGGCCUGGCUGGGUGAGGUAAAACGGGGUGUGGAAAAGGGACCUAUUCUUAAAAUGGAGGCUCCAGGAAUAAAAAUCAGCCCCUCAGACCCUGCAAAAGGGCCAGGAUGUCUGCACUAUCCCGUGAGGUUUAAGCCACCUGAAGCCCUAUAGGACUAGGCACCUUAUCCUUGCAUCCCUCCCCCCCCCCAUUUCUGCAGCUAGAGAAAGCUGGGCUCCGGUGGCUCCUCCAAGGAAAGGGGUAGCUGUGGUGGUCUUUGUGCUGGGGUUCACCACCCUGCCCCUCCUCACUCUGCCCUCAUAGGAGGUCUGGCCAGUGAGAGGACACUUCCGUGUCCUGACUCCACAUACUCCUGCCCUAUGGGGCUCUGUCUGACUCCUUUUUGCCUAAAUAAAAUAAAGCAAUGCCUCCA